UAUGAAAAUCGAAUUUCUUUUUGCCAUGCAAAUUUUUCAUGCAGAAAUACACUGAAUUAUCUGGAAACAUUGUGAGGGUAUCUAUCCGAGUCUUACAACAGGAAGACAAAAUUAAUCAAGAACUUUCUCUUUGCUUUUUGCUAGGCAUGUCUUCCAAUCUUAGUGGCAUUCUUAAAACGUGAGAAGCGUGUAAUGAAAUCAGCUUUAAUCAAAAUUCGUAUUCGUUCACUAUGUUAUGCAAGAUGGACAUAAAUAAGUGCGGAAACUGAUUUGAUAAAGCCUGACAUUGUUGAUAAAUUAAACCCGUUGCUGUUUGUGAAACACCCUAUACAGAGAUGCGUAACAACGACUUAAUUACCAAUCAUUUUGUUGCUCACUUUUCGGGGACACGGACCUACACGACCAAAUGCUCAAUCAAUCACCUAUAGUCAAAAGUCUGUAAGUGUAGUGAUAUCAAUGUCACUACCAGAUCAGAGAACAAUACAUAUUGGUUUUAACAAAAAGGAGGGAAUAGACGCACGCCGUUCGUCUACAUCUUUUGAUGCUUGUUGGAAUAAAGCUUGGAGUCUUAGGGCUGAACUAAUCCAACUUGACUGGAAGAAAUCUUAUUUUACAAUCUGCAAUCUACAGAGCAUGCAAGUCACAACGAUUGAGAACGUCAUCCUAGCGUUUGUUCUAUUCACAAUGACGGGGGCAGUGCAAUGGCGGGCCAGGAGGCGAUUCUGCGAAACAUACCCAUUUGCCCGCCGGUGUUUGGGGGUGGCAGCUAAAAGAGACGUCAGUGCCAAUAUGAAUACAGAAAAUAGUCGGGAACAGAGACUUUUCGAACUGAAAAAUAUGCUUGACAGCAACAGGCUUGACAACAACAGAAUCACAGACAGAUCUGAAUCACGACAAAACCAGUUUUCCUCCACGGAUGAAAACGAUUUUUCCGUAAAUGUAUUAAAGCAGAUUCUCAAUAACAAGCAAAAGUUCAGAUUUAAGCAACAGGAAGAAGCUUCUGAAUCACUGGACAGAAUUUCAGAGUCUAAUUUUGGGUAUCCUGAUGGUUUUUGAUACCCCCACACGACGACUGAUGCUUUCAAAUUCUAAGCAUAUACAAUCUUUACCUUCUCAGAUAUUUUUACGAACAUAUUCUGCAAUGCUACGGUACAAAGGAAUGAAAGUAAAGUUACGCAAAUACGUGCUUAAGUUUUUAUUUAACAGCUUAAAUCUUUCGAUUGUUGAAGGAUUAUAGCAGAUCUGAAACCACCAUUUAUAGACUGAUAUGUAAAUGUGUAUUAUAUAAUUGUUUUGUUAUAUAGUUGUUUUAGACUUAAGUUUAUUUUGGAAAUAAAAUUGUGAAAAUGC